CCCAGGUGAUAGCCCAGCCUGGGGCCGGCUGCAAAGCGAACACCCGCUGCCUGGAAGGGACCGCGCCGCCCAUCAUGGCCCAGGCGGACGCCGAGGCUCUGGCGGGGGCUCUGGACAAGGACGAGGGUCGGGCCUCCCCCUGUACUCCCAGCACGCCGUCCGUCUGCUCGCCGCCCUCGGCGGCCUCCUCCGUGCCGUCUGCGGGCAAGAACAUCUGUUCCAGCUGCGGCCUCGAAAUCCUAGACCGGUAUCUGCUCAAGGUCAACAACCUCAUCUGGCACGUGCGCUGCCUCGAGUGCUCUGUGUGUCGCACGUCGCUGCGGCAACAGAACAGCUGCUACAUUAAGAACAAGGAAAUCUUCUGCAAGAUGGACUACUUCAGUGUCAUCUCUGUGCUGCCAGGGGGAGAUGAACAAAUGAAGAGCCGAUUUGGGACCAAGUGCGCGAGGUGCGGCCGACAGAUCUACGCCAGCGACUGGGUGCGGAGGGCGCGCGGCAACGCCUAUCACCUGGCCUGUUUCGCCUGCUUCUCCUGCAAGCGCCAGCUGUCCACGGGCGAGGAGUUCGGCCUGGUGGAGGAGAAGGUGCUGUGCCGCAUCCACUACGAUACCAUGAUCGAGAACCUCAAGAGGGCUGCGGAGAACGGGAACGGCCUCACGCUGGAGGGGGCGGUGCCCUCAGAACAGGACAGUCAGCCCAAGCCGGCCAAGCGAGCUCGGACAUCCUUCACAGCGGAACAGUUGCAGGUUAUGCAGGCACAGUUCGCGCAGGACAACAACCCCGACGCGCAGACGCUGCAGAAGCUGGCGGACAUGACCGGCCUCAGCCGUAGGGUCAUCCAGGUGUGGUUUCAAAAUUGCCGGGCGCGUCAUAAAAAACACACGCCGCAGCACCCCGUGCCGUCCUCGGGGGCGCCGUCGUCCCGCCUCCCCUCCGCCCUGUCUGACGACAUCCACUACUCCCCGUUCAGCAGCCCCGAGCGGGCGCGCAUGGUCACCCUGCACGGCUACAUUGAGAGUCAGGUACAAUGUGGGCAGGUGCACUGCCGGCUGCCUUACACUGCGCCCCCCGUCCACCUCAAAGCCGAUAUGGAUGGGCCACUCUCCAACCGGGGUGAGAAGAUGAGGAAACAGGCUCAGAGAGGUGAAGUGAGUUGCCCAAGGUCCCACAGCAAGUCAUCCUCUUUCAGUACUGACGCUGCCGGCACUUCCGCAUCUGUCCAUGGGCACCACCCAACUGCCCCUCAGCCGCUGAAAUCCAGAAUUCAGGCUGGGGCCAGGGAUCCAUUGGCCCCUGCACCCACUCCCAUCCUCCAGCCUGCCCGCCACCAGUCCGGCUGCUGGGCCUGGCCUUCCCCUCUCCUGCUGAGAACCAGAACCUGCCAGGAGCACCACAGGGUCCUCCCCUCAGAAGGCAGAGCUCCCUGACGUUUGAAAACAACAGCCUGUUUUCCCCGCUGAAACGGGGAGUCAUCUUUGACUUAGAACUGAUCACAAUAGCGAAAGGCAGAAUGGAACUGCGUGACGCAACAGGUUUUCUCCCCGCCCCCACCUCCCAUAUUGGCCUUUAUUUACUACUUCCUUGGAACCAUCUCUGGAUUCUGAAUAGCCAACAACCCCCAAUGUCAUCCACUCUGUUGCUUUUGUCUGGAAAAGUCUACAAUGUUUGUGGGAUGUCCCCAAAGGAAAGCUAUGUUCUAAUUUUAUCAUUUCCAUCUGUCUGGUUAUGUCAACUUAAUUCAGAGAGAGAAGAGAGACUGACCAACCCUGAGAGGCCCGGUAGGGUAGAGAUGGAGGCCUGCCCACACCAGAGGCAGAGGGCUAGGUUGGGGCGGGUAGCCACUGACCCCCACUGGUUUGGAGGUGGAGGAGAGGCACUUGGCACAUGGGGCCAGCAAAGGAGCUAGCUGUUCUAAGGAGAGGAAAGAGAAAACUUGGCAUGGAAUGGGCAGCCCCUAACCCUACUAAGCUGGCCAGCAUGGAAACGGGGAACACAGCAGAGAUGGGGUUUGGUCUGCGGACACAUCUUGGAAUGUUUGGGCAGGUUAGAGUUGGGGGCCUCUGUUAGCCACUUGUUGACCCUUGAUGGGACUGGGGGCUGGACUGAGUCUUCUCUGAGGGGACAGUGAUGACAAUUGGGGAACGGAGCCCACUGGUAGGGCGGUCAGCAUGCUAAUUCUGGGCCCACACUGAGUGUAGAAGGGGUGCCUACUGCCUAGGUGGGCGUUCCCACUGCCCGGAGCCUUCCCUGCCCACUUCCGAGAACCGAGGCCAGAGACAGCUGUGCUCACACCCACCCAGCCCUCUUUCCACCUCACACAAAAGGGCGUGGGCUACACGCGACUGUGGUGUGUGUGUGUGUGUUCAGGGGCUAUCCACUUGUCCCGGGGGUUUCCUUUCAUUCCAACACCCAUUGGAGUCGAUGCAUUUCCCCCUAGCACAGCGGUUCCCAACUUGUGGGUCGUGAUCCCUUUAGGGGGUUGGGGGGCUGAACUACCCUUUCACAGCCGUCGCCCGAUU